UACCCGAAGGAUUCAGAAAAUAAUCGAGGUUGAUUUAGUAAAAUCGUAACACUUAUUUGAUACUCCAGUAAUUCCUUUUCUGUACAGAUAUGGAAAUUUGUUAACUCGAAGUUGUUUCAAUAAGCAACGAGUAAAGCACACGCAAUAUCGAACUAGUUAUAAAGUGGGCGAGUGGUCAGGUUCUCAAUAUCGCACACUCUCUGGUUGAAGUGAAACGAAAUACUAAAACCAUCUAUAUUGUGUUUUAAAAACAAUUUGAUUAAAAAAUUCGAUAUUUAUAAAUAUUUCAACAUCAUUCAAAGGAAAUGUACUUUAUUGGCAUACGUUAGAUAAUAUUGAUUUUUUUGUGGCCAAUGUUUACGGAUUUGUUAUUGUUAUCAACGCAAAUUUGGAUGAUCAGCUGUUCUUGCUAAAUGUACAUCGAUAUUUAUGUGUAUACGUGUAUGUGUAAGGCGUCGUUUUUUAAAUGAAUAAGGAAGGGCUUAAUCAAUUUGAUAACAUAAUUGUAUAAAAUCGAAAAGAUAGUAAGUGAAAAUUUAUAUCUACGAAAUAUUCUCCAGACUCGUUGCUGUGAAUUAUGUCCGGAGACCGCAGAUGCGUUGUGCCCAAAUGUGGACAUACCAGAUUUACUAAUCGUGAAUUAAAAUUUUACGCCUUUCCAAAGGAUCCGGAUCUCAAACUCAAAUGGAUGGAAAAUUUAAAGAUGAAAAAAUGUUUAAACAAACUCAACUUUGUUUGUAGCAUACACUUCGAGGACAAAAUGAAGUGCGAAUCGCGUCUUAAAAAGAAAGCAGUCCCUACAUUACAUUUGGGAUAUAACGGCCCCGUGGCGCACGAAUUUAUAGAACAUUUUAUACCAAAACGUAAAUGUUGCGUACAAAGUUGCAGAAGGAGAAAUUUAUACAAAAAUCGUAUCCUUUUUAAGUUUACAGAUAACGAAAAGGAGAUAUACGCUUGGGCGAAAGCCUGUAAAUUACCUCUUCCUUUACCGAGUAAAAAACUAUAUAUAUGCGAGCGUCACUUUGAAGAGGCAUUUUUUUCAAAGGUACGACUUUUUCCUGGAGCCUUUCCUAAAUUAUAUCUGAGCGACGAAGAUGAAGAGGAUGUAGAAAAAAGUGAUAACAAGAGUAAUGCUUCAGAUACAGAACAAAGUGAAGAAGAUAGCUACGCUCCAGAUCUACAGAUAAAUCCACCUGAAGAACAGAUUCGAAAACUCAAUGCUGAAAUAGAAUGCUUGAGAAAAGAUAUUCUAUUAUUGGAAAAUAAUGCUAUUUAUCCACAAGCAGAAUCAAGUGCAGAGGCCUUAAUUUUCGCAAGAAUGAUAGUGGGCGAUGAAAAACUUGAUUAUACAGAUAAAGAAAAAGAUCUUGCAAAAAAACUAAGAUGUAAUAUAUCCGCAAUCGCUUAUAGGUUUAUGAAUCGAGACAUAGGAUGCAGAUUACCACAGUUCAAAACCAAAGAACUAAUGAAAUUUAAAUUUAAUUAAAACGAUCGGAAUCAAGUUAAUGCCAGAAAGAGACAAUAUGAAAUUGGUAAACAUUGAUUUCAUCUCGCAAAAGUUUAAGUUGCAGUUCACAACAUUAUCAAUAUUAUGAAGUUGUUAUUUGGUAUUUAUGAUCUAAGAUAAAUAAAUAUGUAUUUAAUGCAUUUUUAUAAUAAAAAUAAAGCUUGACUAU